AUUAUGGAUCCUCCAUAAUCAAGAAGACCCCCAAUAUUUGGUCCUUUGAGAUAAAAUAGAUUUGAAACUAAGUGUAAACAUUGUAAAAAAUGUAUAAUUGAGAAAAUUUUAAAGAAUAGGAUCCAUAAUAGCUUUAAUAGCAUGAAAGGCAGUGUUAAUAGUAAGAAUAGGGUGCUUUAACAUAAUUUGUUAAUGCAGGAACCAAAUUAAUUAGAGGAUUUAGUUAAGGAAUGCAAAGAAAUGUAGAGAGAUUAGGUAAUGCAAUUUCAAAUGAAUAUCAUUAAAUUGAAAGAAUAUUUACUAAUUAACCUAAUCCAGUGACAAUAGAUAUUUAUUAAGAAUAAUUUAAUCGAUUGCGUUAAGAAGAAAUAAAUAAUUAGGAAGCAGAGUAACCUAAAAAAGAGGCUAACUUAAUCGAAUAUAAUUUUAUAAAUAAACGCAAUUUAACUCCAUCUGCUAAGAUUUGUUGUAUAUGUUAAGAGGAAUAUAUUGAGAAUGAGAAAAUAAUAUUACUUUAAUGUAUGCAUAGAUAUCAUAAAUAAUGUUUGAAUGACUGGAUCAAGAGAAAUCCAAUUUGUCCAAUUUGCAAAAUGAAUAUAUAUUAAUAAUAUUAAUGAUGAAAUUAAUAUUUUUGUUUCUCUUUGCAAGUAGUUUAGUAUUAGCUUAAGAUAUAAUUGAUGUAAAUACUAAUGGAGAUGAAGCAUUAGAAAAUAUAAAGAAAUUAGAAGAGUAAGAAUAAGAGGCAAUAAAUUCUACAUAUAUUUAAAAUGAUAGAGAAAAUUCUGAUGAUGAAAAUUCAAAAAGUGAAAAAGAAGAGAAUGAAUCAAUAGAUAGUGAAGAAUAAACAGAUACUGAUGAAGAUGCAUAAGAAAAUUUUUAUGAGUUAUUGGAAGCAUUAAGACCAUUAUUUGGGGUAAAUAAAUAAUAUUAAUAUAAUAUUAGCUUAGAUAUAAGGAUAAAGAGAGAGAUAAUGAAGGAUAAAUAAUUGAGGAGGAAUCAGAUUAAGAAAAUUAUGAUUAACAAGAUAAACCUUUAACUUAAGAUGAUGAAUUUGAAAAUGUAAUUAAAAAAGUUGAAUCUGAUCCUUUAAUGUUACUAUGGGAUUAAUUAAUGAAUGAUUUUGAUCCUGAAGAUUUACUUACUUUUGAAUUAUAAUCUGGAUCUACAGAAGUAUUUUAAAUUAUUAACUAAUAAUAGAUUUUAUAUGAAACAAUCGCAAAACCUACUACUAUAAGAGGAGCUUAUUUUAUUCCUUAAUUUAGAUUGGAUCAAAAAAUAGAUUUCUAUAUCAAAACUUCUAAUAAUACAUUAUUAUAUUCAAAAGAAAGAGUUUAAGAGGGUAUUUUUAAAAUUGAUAUUCCAGAAAAAGGAGAAUAUAAAUUCAUCUUUACUAAUAAAAGAGUAUUUAUUUAUUAAUAGUUUAAGACCAAAGAACCAUUAACAAUAACUUUUGCUAUUGAUGUUCAUGAUUCUCAUUAAGAAUUCCUUAAAUUAGUUGAUUUAGAUCCUUUAAAUUUAAGAAUAGAAAGAUUAUCUAUGGCUAUGAGGGUAUAUAAAAUUAUUAUCAAUAAAGGAUAAUUAUUUUUAUGAUAAAAUGGCUGCUUAAUAAUUUGAAGGAGGAUUAAGAGAAGUUUAAAAUGCAAAUAAUAAAUUAUUACUCUUCAGUCUUAUUGAAAUUAUUGGUAUUAUUGCUAUUACAGGAUGGUAAGUAUUCUAUCUUAAAAGAAUUUUGAGUAAUUAGAGAAUUAUAUGA